CGGUGGCACAUUAUACACGCCUUCUCUCUUGCACUCACUGCAAAAUACAGUCUUCUAUCGCUAUCGGGUCUAGGAAAUAUGUCUGAGGCUGUUGCUCCGACUCAGGACACAACUCCUGCCGGCACAAGCCCAGCACAGAAGCCACAGCGCGCCAGGACUGUCGGACGCUGGGUAGUCGGUGGCCUCCUUAUUACGUUUGAGGAGGGCCUAUCAUGGGCUAAUCGAUUGCGCGCCGCUCGAGGAGACGAACCCCUCGAGGACACCCAUCGCGACCACUGCUCGAUUCUCAUGGACAUUGAUACGAGGGUGCGGGAGCUCCGCGGCUAUGGAGCUAUGUAUUGGGGGCGUAGUACGGGAGACCCGAUGAAGUGCUCGCAUAUGCUAGUCAUUACAAGAUAUGACCCAGGGCGCGUGCCGCUUGUCGAUGGGAAAGCAACCCUCACGCCGGCGCAGACGAAGUCUGGUCCAAUUGAGCGUAUGGCUGCGAAGAAGCUGAAGGAGGACGAACAGGUGGAGUUCAUAGGGUUUUACGCUUUUCCUUCUACGAUGCCGCCUGACUGUUGAACAUUCCACUUCUGUACCAUCAUUCUUAUUGCCUGUAUGAGUAUGAAUUGACAUGAACUGGUCGCUAUCAAGGGAGGGAUUAUGUGGAUGUACUUAGUAUAUUGAGCAAUCUACUCUCCGCUUUUCUCAGUG